UUUAAACUAUGUUCUUAUUUUUUCCCUUUACUUUACUUUACAACAUGAUCAUUACUUAAUGCUAUAAUACAAUCAACACGAUCAUUACUUAAUGCUAUAAUACAAUCAACAAUAUCUAAUUUCUCAGGUUCUUCGAGGUCCUCUAUAUUCUUGUAUUAAUCCAUAUAAUACAACUAAUUAUCAAAAAGGUAUAUGUACAGAGCCCCCUUAUCCCAUACCGGCUCAAAGUGCCAAGGGGGUGGCAACGUAUGACUUACCAUCUGUGGCUGUCGUACAGCUAAGAGUGUUGGGUUGGGGAAAGCAAUGGUGAACUACCCUGUAAAAACUUCACUGCGAAACUCUAUGGAUAAAUCUCAGCAAGCUACAAACAUGGUGCUGGAAGGUGGGACCCCCAGGCUGGACAGCAUCAAACGAGCUGGGGAUGAGCAAGGGACGAUCCGAAGUAACCAGACCAAUAUGUAUGACGCAAAAAGGACAAACCCGCAUGGGGGUCUGAUUGCUGAUAGGGUGACUGGUGGAAAUGAUCGCUUGCGCUGCACAGAAUCAUUCACUAUUGGAACAUGGAAUGUGAGAGGACUGAACAUUGGAAAAUUAGACAUUGUAAAAAAGGAAAUGGACAGAACUGGUGUCGACCUCAUGGGAGUCAGCGAACUGCAUUGGGUUGGUUCUGAGGAUUUCAACUCAGGUGAGCACGUUAUGUACUACUCGGGUAACAACAACGAAAGAAGAUGUGGUGUGGCCUUCAUCACCAAUAAGAAGCUAGCAAAGUGUGUUGAAAAUGUCAGGUACAUCAGUGACAGGGUAAUGAAAAUCUGCAUUAGAGGGAAACCUCUAAAUUUAACCAUUAUCCAAGUCUACGCUCCAACAGCAGAUGUAGAUGUGGUGGAUAUUGAGGAAUUCUAUGCGAAUGUCCAGAGCACACUCAACCAGACCCCCCAAAAUGACAUCAUUUACAUCAUUGGUGAUUUCAAUGCCAAAGUUGGCAAUGGGGAAGUCACAGGAGUUGUUGGCAGUCAUGGACUAGGAAAGCGGAAUGAAGCAGGUGACCAUCUUGUACUGUUUUGCCAAGAGAACAAAUUCCGGAUUGCCAACACUUUCUUCAUUCAACCAAAUCGCCGCCUAUAUACCUGGACAUCUCCAUGUGGUCAGCAUCGAAACCAAAUUGACUACAUCCUCUGUCAACAAAAGUGGAGAGGCUCGGUCCAAGCAGCAAAGACUCUCCCAGGUGAAGAUUGUGGAACAGACCAUCAGCUUCUUGCCGCCAAAAUCAGAGUAAGACUCAGCAAGAUCAAGAAACCAAUCAGAAAAAAAUCGAUGUGAGCAACAUUCUAAAACAGUACAACGUAGAGGUAAAGAACAAGUUUGACAUUCUCAACAUUGAAAAUGACCACCCAGAUGAACUGUGGAAGAAAAUCAAGGAUAUCAUCAUUGAAACUGCACAGGAGUAUGUGCCAUACAAGAAACAAAUCAAAACCCAACCAUGGCUCACAGACGAUACCAUCCAGAUUGCAGACAGGAGAAGAGCUUCCAAGGCUAUGGGUAAGAUGGAUGAGGCAAGGCGACUAAAUGCAGAAUUUCAAAGAGAAGCCCGGAAGGAUAAAAACAAACAUUUGAAUGCUCACUGCGCCAGUCUCGAAGAAGCAUACAAGAAUGGAUGCACCAAACAACUAUUUGCCACAGUGAAACAAAUAAAAAAGCCUUUUUCUACUCAUCAAGCAACCAUCAAGGGGCGAGAUGGAAUUGAGCUAAGUGACCAACAGGAUAUCAAAGAGCAAUGGCGAGAGUACACAG